UUGAAAAUUACUUGGCGUGCCGAGUGUGUUACUUUUCAGGUUAAAUGGGUUGCUUCGUCAAUUGCGUUUGCUGACAGGUUCGACAAGUAUCUCGAUCCAAGCUUCUUCCAACAUAGGAUCCAUUGGUUCUCGAUCUUCAAUAGUUUUAUGAUGGUUGUGUUCCUUGUUGGGUUAGUAUGGAUGAUCCUCGUAAGAACACUGCGAAAGGACUAUGCCAGAUAUCAGAAGGAGGACAGUCUCGAUGAUCUG